CAUCAAUUCAUCCACUGGUAUCUGCGCGGAUUGGUCGAGCGCGACCGAGGGAGUGCGUCAGGGCAAUUGUGGGCACAGACCCUACGUCAUCCGCCCCGUCGUCAUUCCCAGAUAUCGUGAAUCCAUCGCAUUUUCAUCGCAUCUCUCCUCUCUCCUCUUUCAUCUCUCACGGCGCUGUGCACUCUCUCAUCCCCUUUCAUCAAGUCAUGUCGCUCAAUUCCGCCACGGCUGGCCUGCAAGGCCGUCCCCCCAAGCUGGCCGGCGACCUCAAAUCGACCGUGCAACAGGCCCCCAGCACCGCCACGCAAACCGCCGGGCAAGUCACCGACUCGGUCCUCCCCGGAGAAUAUCCUGGGGAUCCGAACCAUAUCCAGGACGCUCAGGGCGACGACACCAACAAUGGCCCCAUCUUGGCGCCCCUGCAACAAUGGUUCCGACAAUCCCUGCCGCGCCUGCUCGAUCGCUUCGAAUCCCAGCUGAUGUGGCUCCUGUCCUGGAUUCUCCCCGCCCCCCGACAAGCCCAACUCUACGAGGAGGCCGCCAAGCGCCCCGCCAGUACGACCUUCCUCAUCUGCCAGCUGAUCUGCUGCGGCGUCCCCUUGCUCGUCUUCCUCGCCGGCGUCUUCGUCUUUGCCGCCGUCGCCAUCGUCCUCUGGGCCGUGCUGUCGCUGCUCAUCCUGGGGCCGGUGUUGCUGGUCGCGAGUAUGCUGGGCGUGUCCCUCUGGGGCUGGGGGUGGAUUUUCUACGGUCUGAUCAAGUGGAUCGAUCAGAAAUAUCUGGGCGGGUUGAUCUCCCGGUUCUGGCUGUCGCGGAUGCCCGCGGGGGAGACCCAGGAGACGGAGCAGGACGGGGGACAAGGAGAGGCAGGGAAGAAGGAGGAUUGAACAUGAUGGGAUGUGGACAGUUCAUUUCCCGCAGUUUUGGAUCAGUGUUUCCGCGUUGAUAUCCCGUUCUAUUCUGUUUUCGUGCUGCAGUAUGAUCAUUGGUUCUGGUAUGGAGAUUCAGCGUUAGGAAAUUGCCACUAGUUUAAUACUAUAUAUCCUCUGCACGACCCAAGACG